AAAGUAUGCAGAGGCUUUGUGAAAAGUACAACCGAGCCAUCGAUAGUAUUCAUCAACUGUGGAAAGGAACAACUCAGCCCAUGAAGCUAAAUACACGUCCCAACAACGGGUUGCUACGUCACAUUCUGCAGCAGGUGUACAAUCAUUCAGUAACAGACCCAGAGAAACUUAACAAUUAUGAGCCCUUUUCUCCAGAGGUGUAUGGCGAGACAUCCUUCGACCUUGUUGCCCAAAUGAUUGAUGAGAUUAAAAUGAAUGAGGAUGAUUUUUUUGUUGAUUUGGGUAGUGCCAAGGAAGAGCGCAAUUAUAAAGAACAGCCUCAGAGGAGGCUGAAACGUUUGACAGAAGACAUGAGCACUAAUCAUUUUAUUAAAUACAUAUAA